UUUGACAGGAGAAAAGCGCUACUUUUCUCUUUUAGCCAAAGAACAAUUCCAUGCUUGUGAAGCCAGGAGUUUGAGAUGAUGCUCUGCUAAUAAACAUGCGUCCGUUCAUUAUUGUUUUGAUCAAGAUCAAAGAAGGCAUUUGAUACGUGUAGAAAUGCAUGUAGAACGGAAGGCUGCACCCAAUUCUGCGGGUGAAUCCAGUAACAUAUGCACUGAGGAACGCGCACAAUGCACCGAACCCCGUGAACCUGGCAUUUUCUUCGAAACAAACACCCCGAAAGGAUCGGCUCAGAAUUGCCUGAUCACAGAACGUGUUCUAAGGGUCGAUGAGUCAAGAGCUCACCAUUUCUGUAAAUGUAUGCAAUGUUUCUUUUUUACGAAUUUGGAUGAUAGAACGGUCGUUUCUAUGCCAAAACAUGUCUCCUGAUGCACAUCCAUGCCAUCUAUCCUCAACACUGCCCACUCAGGAUCUCGUUUUCUUCCCAGUAUCAUGUACCCAUGUAACAUCGGCCAUGUUGAUAUUGCUACUAUUGUGUAUUCUCGUUUUAGUUCACAUAGAUUUAUACAGGAAAAUCAGAUUUUGAAGGAAACAAAAUCAUCAAAAAAGCUGUAAACAGAAGUUUUGCAACAGAAUUUGAGUUGGGCAUGGUGUGGCAAAAUCCGUGGCUGAUUUUUGCUCCCUUUUCGAGGAUUAUUUCCAUCCUUGAAUUGAUUUUUUCGUAUAUCGUGAAAAAUUACAUAGUUAACUUAAUGUAGAAAUUUUUCCUACUAGAGGCUCGCCUUUUGCCAUUAUUACUGUACCAAGCCUCACAUUUUUAAGUGUAUUCAUAUAUAUGGAACUUGGUUUGGUUGACAUUUCUAUUAUGUUGCUUGAGGUUUUACGUGGCAUUGUUUUCAUAAAACUUAGUGGCUGAGGAUCACCCUCAAACAAAAAUGUAUAUGCCAACAGAGCCUUCACAUGUGAAAGUAGGCAAUCGCUUUUUUGAAUCGAAAUAGCAACGGAAAAAACAACUGGCCUCUGUUAAGCAAUUCCCAAACAAGUUUGGCCAUAUUGAAUAUUAAGAGAGCAAGACUCUUGAAUGGAGUUGCUCAAAAACUUGGUCCUUUAAUGAAAAGUUUAAUAUACUGGAAACAGCAUGAUUGUAUAAAGCUGGUCUCUGCUUUUUGGCAUGCAUAGCUAAUUUUUCUUUAGGUCUUUUGGACAAAAGACUAAUUCUUCCUUUAUUCCUUGAGGAAACAUGAGCUGCUGCCGGCACCCUUCUAAGAAAACUCCUCAAGGGUCAGAAGUCACCAUGGAGGAGAAAGAAAUACUAAGCAUCCCUGCAGCACAGCUCACCCUUGUGGACUCUAAUCACAGUUUGAAGAUCUGUCGUGGUGAAUUCACCAUCCUCAAACUCAUCCAAGAAGGAGCCGCAAUUGCCAUCAUUGUCAAGGUCGGCGAUGACUACCAGUGGCCGCUGACAAAGGACGAACCUGUCGUGAAGCUCGAUGAUCUUCACUACCUCUUCUCCGUUAAGCCACCUUCAACUGAAGAAAAGAAGAAGGCUGAGUUCAUCAGCUAUGGUGUCAAGUUCAGUAAGAGAAGUAGGGCGGUUGAUGCACUGGACGCAUUUCUAAGUGAGAAUUCUUGCUUCAGUGCAGUUAAAACAGAAGCCGCCACGCCGGUGGCAGAAACCGCCACAAAAGUGGGUUGUUGUGGGUUUGGGAAGGGAUUAGAGGAUGACGACUGGAAGAAGUAUGCACCAAACGUGGAAAAUUAUCAUGGAACUUUAGCCAAGGCCAUUGCUAGUGGCACAGGUGAGGUAGUAAAGGGAGUGUUCAUUUGUAGUAAUGCUUAUAGGUCUGCCUUGCAGAAUGGUAGUGAAACGCUUAAGAAUGAUGUGCAAGUUAAGGCUGGAUCUUCAAGCAAAAAUAAGGGCCUUGCUAAAAAGGGCCUCAAAAGGGUGCGGAAGAUGUCAAAGAUGACCGAGAAGUUGAGCCAUACUGUGCUUGAAGGUGUUGUUACGGCCACAGGAUCAAUUACUGGUAGUAUGGUUAAAUCACAAGCCGGAAAGAAGUUCUUUUCAUUGAUGCCCGGGGAGGUGCUUCUGGUAACACUGGAUGCUGUUGAUAAGGUGUUAGAAGCUUUAGAGGUUGCUGGAAAAGAUUCUCUGUCUGUAACUGCUGGUGCCACUACAAGAAUGGUCUCCGAAAGGUUUGGAGAAGAUGUAGGAGAGGUCACAGAUGAUGUGCUUGCUACUGCUGGUCAUGCACUUGGCACAGCCUGGAACGUGUUCAAGAUCAGGAAAGCCAUCAACCCAGCAUCUAAAAAGGGAAUUCAAAAGGCUAUCAUGAAAAGUGUAAUAAAGAAGUGAAGGCCAAGGAAUGUGGGAGCAGAAUUAUCAGAAUAUAUACUCAUUUUUUUGCCAAUUGACCUACAAAAUGACGCUUCAAUAUUUGUUGUUGUUGUUUACCUAUUAUUAUAUGACUGGACAUUGGUUCCUGUUCUUGAGUAAACUAUGCGACAGCAAUAUAUUCUAGUUUUCUGUUUU